AGGUGAAAAAUACAAUUAUCACUAUAUUCUUAAAUUAGAAUUUCCUUAUUUUUAUAUGUGAAAAAUACAAUUAUGACUAUAUUAUGAAAACUAGAUUUUCACAUCUGGCCUUUAAUUAUGUGAAAAGAAUACAAUUAUCACUACAUCAUGAAAACUAGAAUUUUCACACUGAACCGGGCAUGGAAAUUAAACAAAAGAAGUAAAAAGGAAUAAUUUUGGGGAUUUAAAAGGAAUAGUUUUGGGGAGAGAUUUUAGGGAUUUUUUUGAAUAAAUGGAAUAAGAGUCAAAGGAGUAAUAAAGAAUAAAUUCGGGGAAACAUUUUAGGUAUUUUGUAGAAUUAAAGGAAUAAUAGCCAAGAAGUUUUAAUUUUUUCUCAGCCUGGGUUUAAUAGCCUUGGUCCAGUAUAGCAUUUCAAUUUUUAUGUUGUUGGGCUGUGAGGGGUUUUAAGGAAGGUGACAAGAACAUGAAGUAGUUCCAUAGCAUUGCAAACGCGAAGAAAAGGAGGAAUUGUAUGACGAAAAUUGAGGUUGCAGGUGCUGACGUGUUUAAUCAGGAUACAAUAAAACUGGAGCUUCAAAACUACUAUGAAAGGUUAUUUACAACUUCUUCUUUGGUUUCCCCUUCUUUUGAGAAUAUGACGUUCAAGAGCAGUGAUGAAGAGCAACAUGCUUGGCUAGAGAGGAAAUUUGAUAAGGAGGAGGUUCUAAGUGCAAUAAAGAAGUGUGGUGUGAAUAGACUUCCAUCAUGGAUUUGAGUUUUCUAAAGUCUACAAAGAUGGAUGGAGCUUUCUAAAGCUGAGAGGUCCAGAAGGAUUUAAUCUAGAAUUCUACAAAGAUGGAUGGAGCUUUCUAAAGGCUGACUCUAACAUCAUGGCAGUUGUGAAUGAUUUUUACAACAAAGGUAAUCUGGAUUGGAGUCUCAACAUGUCUUAUAUUAAACUAAUUCCUAAAAAAGAAGAUUCAACAACGGUGAAGGAUUUUAGACCUCUUAGUCUCAUAAGUACUUUCUACAAGAUAAUAGCUAAGCUUCUCGCGGAAAGGAUGAAGGUAGUUAUGUAUGGUUUAGUUUCUAACGAAGAAGGUGCUUUUAUCAAAAAUAAACAGAUUCUAGACGGCAUAUUAAUAGCAAAUGAAUUAAUUGACGGUAAAUUGAGACAGAAAAAUACCGACAUUCCUUGCAAGACAGAUAUGGAAAAAACGUUCGAUAAUGUUAGCUGGCCUUCGUUGUUUGCAAUUCUGAAAAAAGAAUGGGUUUGGUGAAAAAUGGAUGAAAUGGAUUAGUUGCUGUGUGAUAGGAGCGCAAUUUUCAAUUUUGGUUAACGUGACAACUACUAAUAGAAUUAAACCUUCAAAAGGGAUUCAGCAGGGAGAUCCGCUGUCACCCUUUCUUUUCCUUUUGGUGGUGGAAGUUUUGUCUAUUUUGCUUAAUGAGGAAGUGGCAAGGAACAUGAUUAGUGGAUUUCAGAUGAUGGAGGGCGGUUCCAUUGUUUCACAUCUUCAGUUUGCGGACGACACAUUAAUUUUUCUCAAUGCUUCUAAAGAGGAGGUAAGAAUACUUGUCAUAAUUCUCUUAAUUUUUGAGGUGCUGACUGGUCUUAAUCUUAAUUUAGAGAAAAGUUCCGUGACAAGUAUAGGGGCGGAUGAUGUAGUUCAGGAGCUUUAUUUAGAGAUUGGUUUCAAGGUUGAUUUAUUUACAAUUACCUAUUUUGGCAUGCCAAUUGGAGAACACAGGAGGAAUAUAGCUAUUUGAGACGUAGUCAUUCAAAAAAUGGAGAAAAAGAUGGCGCCAUGGGAAUGGAAAUUUCUGAUUAAGGAUGGUAAGGUGAAGAGUGGUAGAUCACUAUGGUUUCGGCAUGAUUGGUGGAUCGAAAAGAAAGCGUUCAAAGAAAAAUAUUCAAGGCUUUACAAGAUAAGAAGGAAGAAGAAUGCAACAGUUGCAAGCAUGACGAAUAGUACUUGGAAUUUUGAGUUUUCUAGGAUGUUAAAUCCGGCGGAGAGAAUUGAUCUUUUGGAGAUUAAAUUUGACCUAAGGAAUGUGAUUUUAGAAACUGUCAGAGAAGAUAGAUAUGAAGGUGAGUGCACAGCGAAAUCUAUCUAUAUUAAACUUACAGAGACAAACGUGGUUUGGGAGUACAACAGAAUUCUAAAAACCAAGCUUGUUCCUCCAAAGGUGCUGUUUUUUAUUUGGGCUUCAUUAUACGACUCUAUCCCAAUUCGGAGUAUGCUACAAAUCCAGGGACUGCAACUACAAUCCAAUCUUUGCGUUUUUAGUAAUACACAGGUGGAGACAGUCGAGCACUUUUUUUUGCAUUGUAGUUGGGAAAGCCAUAUUUGGUGCAGUUUUCUUACCUCUCUACAACUCCCGUGGGUCUUGCCAAAAGAUAUUAAAGAUUUGAUAUUGAUCUGGAGUGCUUAUGGGGUCUCUCAAAGGAAGAAAAUAGUAUGCGCAGCUUCUUCCAUUCUCGAUCUUUAGGGUGCUGUGGUCGGAGAGAAACAACAUGGUGCAUGAAGGAAGAUUUAAUUCCAAAAAUGAAUUGGUGAAUGCAGUGAAGCUGAAUAUCUAUUUGUGGAGUAUGGAUACGAAGAUUUUUCGUGACUUCUCGAUGGAUCAAAUCACAAAUAACUGGGACGUGGUGAUUCUUUUGUAAUUGAAGUUUUUUUCCCUUGCUGGGUUCUUCUGUAAAUAUUCUUGUUUCCUUUUUCUUUUUUAA